CAUAAUAUAUCAUCUUAUAUCAAGUGGAGACUUGUGAUUUUCUUUAGGGUCUUCUAAAUCAAAUAGUCAGAUAAGCUGCAAAGAAAAGAUAUAGGUUCGUGAAUAUUAUGGAUUAUUAUUUCACGUAUAGCAAGAUAUUUUUAAGUACUCUCGGACAAUGGCCUUACCAAUCUCGGUUAAUAGCAAAAAUAUGUCAAUAUUUUUGGACGAUGCAACAUAUCAGCAUUAUGAUACCUGAGGCUAUAAAACUAUAUGAAUAUAGAAAGAAUAUUGAUUUAGUGAUAGAAUGUUUGCCAAAUCUCCUCUAUAACGCAGGUAUAGGUGUAAAAUUUAUUAAUGGUGUAAUCAAUCAACAUAAAAUCAAGCUAGCUCUGGAGAAAGUCAAACAGGACUGGAACAAAGUGCAAAACAAUCAUGAGCAAAUUAAAAUUCUACAAGAUUUUUCUGAUUCUGGACGAUUAUUGAUUAUUUUUUAUAUCGGUUUUGUCUAUUUCGUUUUAUUAUCAUUCAUGUUUAUUCCACUAUCACCGAUAAUUUUAGAUUUCAUAAACCCGUUGAAUGAAACAAGACCGAAAUCUCCCUUAUACAUAGCGGAAUUUUUCGUGGAUCAAGAUAAAUAUUAUUAUAGUAUUUUAAUGCAUGGUUAUGUGACAUCACUGUUUGGAAUACUACCUCUUUUUGGAAAUGACAUUUUUUUAUCUAAUUGCGUUCAUCACGCUUGUGGGAUGUUCACCAUUCUCGGACAUCGACUCAAGAAGCAAUUAUCAAAAGAAAAUGUAGAUGGCGAUGAAAUAUAUAAGCAAACUAUCGAUUGUGUAGUACAACAUCAAAGGAUAAUUGAGUUUUGUGACGAUGUAAAUAAAAUCUACAGCACCUCAUUUUUCUUCGUUUUAACAAUAUGCAUAAUAAUGAUGAGUGUAACUGGAGUAGUGGCCGUGAUAAAGUUGGAAGAAAACUUUAAAGAUUGCUUCAGAUUUGCUAUGUUUACUAUAGCUCAAAUAUUCCAUAUGUUGUGUUAUAAUUUGCUGGGACAAAAGCUUUUAAAUCAGGGUGAAAAGUUUUCAAACUACAUUUGGGAAUCCAAUUGGUACUUAGCAUCAAGGAAAACAAAAUUCAUUAUUCAAUUCAUCGUAUUCAGGAGCUCAAAGCCAGCAAAUUUACAGGCUAAUAUUUUUCCACUGUCUUUAGAAAACUUUACGUCUGUAAUGAAAACCUCCAUGUCCUACUUCACCGUGUUCAAAUCAACUAGGUGAAGCCGAAAAGUUCUCAAAACAAUAUCUAUUCUGUAAUUAAGAAAUGAUGCAGUGAUAUCAAACAUAAUAUCAUAAUUAACAAAUAUCAUUAAAUAUCUUAUUCUGAAAUU